AUGGCCUCCUCAUCGACUCUCGCCCUCGAGCUGACACCGGGCAUCCACCUCGUCACCACCGCCACUUGCGACAACGCCUCCUCUGACCCCAUCCCAUUCAUCAUCGACGGCAUAAUCCACCUCCACGUCGCGUGCAUCCUACACGACCACACGCUCGCCGCGUUCCUUCCCCCGCUAUCACACUCGCAGCUCUACCAAUGGUGGGAGAAGCGGCUCGGCGAAGUCUCCGCCAACGAACGGCAUAUCAUAGUGUCCGUGUCCAAUGUGUCCGAGCGGACGACAAAUCUUGGUCUCGCAGCACCGUGGGCUGCCGAGGGCAGGGGCUGGCCUGUCAUUCGCGUGCCCGCGGAUGGGCACGGGGUUCCCCAAGCGGCAUCGGUCGAAAUCUCCGGCGUCGUCUCCCUCGCCACGCCGUUCUCCCAGACGGGCCCGUUUCGCGCGGAAGUCCAAAAGCUGUUUGUCCACCCCAUGCACCGUCGGCAGGGCAUUGCGCGGGCGCUGAUGGCUCGGUUGGAGACCGUGGCGCUGGACCACGGACGGUGGAAUCUCAUGCUCGACACGGAGGUCGGGUCCGCUGCCGAAGACGUAUAUCCGAGACUCGGGUAUGAGAGGCUCGGCGUGGUAAGGGGGUACGGGUACAGUCCCCUGGAUGGGAGAUUGGUGGAUGAAGUGUGGUAUUGGAAGGAUUUGAGGAAGAUGGGCCGUCUGGUGGAGGAGGAGGGGAGGGAGAAGGAAUGA